AUGGGGCACCUAGCCCAUUCUACUGAUGUGCGUGCUUUCCGGCUAGAGGCCGAGGUUCCCAGGAUGAUUGAGAGAGUUAUCACUAUUGCACUGACACCUCUCAAGGCGUCUAUUGAAGCCCUCACAUCGACAAUAAAGGUUUGUGAGAAAGGGCAGGGUGCUACUGAUGCGGUGACAGUUUUGAAAACUGAUGUUUCGGAGCUGAGGAAGGAUAUGGACCAUCUGAAGUCCACAAACUUUACUUUGCUAUUUGGGAUGGCGGAGAUCUCAGAUGACCAGAGUGUAGAUGUUCUAGAACAUCCAACCUAUGCUGAAGUGCCACCGUCUACUAUUGGAGAUGAUACUAGGGAUGAUAUUGCUACUGCUGAGUUCGAAGCCGAGACAGAUGAGGACCAGCUUGAGAAUAAGGAGAAAAACAAGGACAAUAACAUGCAAAAAGGAACAAAACAAGCUGAAGACAUGGAGAAGAGCAAUUUUGGUGAUCACCAAGACCACUCGGUGAGCCGCCGAGUGGCUCUUCAGACCGGCUAA